CUAUCAUAUAUCAGUAAGAGAUCACCACUUUUCGGUAGACCUACUAUCCGUCUUUUCAUUAUCCCAAUUCCUUCAUCGCGAAUCAUGACACAAGGAACAAGUCGCCCCAAUCGAGGUGUCGAGCAUCACCAACCUACCUCUGGAAUUACAGGGGUUCCCAAACGAUACAGAGUGCACAACCCAGAUAUCAAUGUUAGAGAACGAACCGUCUCUGGAAAAUCCGAUAGAAGAACGUCGGAAGGUGACCGAAACAGCUCCGAGUACUGCACCGCGAGGGCCAGCCCUGCCAAACAGCGGACUUCCGUGUCCUCCAGCCGUGCCUCGUCCCACAGUGAAUUGGGGUUUGACCUCACGGGUGCCUUUGCGGCCGAAGACCCUAUAUCGCCUGCCUCCAGCACCACAGAACGACUUUUCCGCCAGCCUCACACGCGGUUCCCGCAAACCAGCCGCCGAGCCAUGUCAGAGGCGAGUCCCCUCGAAGAGGAUACCAGCUCAUCGCAUUACACUCAUAGACCCUACGCCACACCCUCAGAAGGGGAUACCGUUCCGGAUACAUUGCGGAUGCUGGGGUCAACUGAGGAGUACGAACCACAGGCCCACCAACCACGUGACUGGCAUCGUAUCUCACAGCAGAGUCUGGAGCGGCUUCCGCAACCGCUUCCACACGCUCGUAGCCAGGAUUACAUUAUAGAUGCUCGUCUCUCCUCUAAUGGGCGGAGACGAGCAUACGACCCCCAAGCCUGCAAAGUUUCUGGAGAGUCGCAGCCGAUGUUUCACGAGUUCUCCGCACCGAUCGGAAAUCCGCUUAACUUCGAACCAAAAGAUCCAAACGCGACCAGAUACGCAGAACAAUCGCAGUAUCACGAACCAGACGGCACGGAUAUUGCAGAGCAGGCCUACUACCGCCCAGAGAUCCUAGACGAAUACAACCAGCCAGAUUACUCCGAGUACAAUCCACCUUCCGCGUUUGGGGCCACCACGCCGCCAGCAGUUCCGCCGCUUACACUUCUCGGCCGCUUGCCCCUGCGCGAAGGAAAGUAUGAUUUCUUGGCUGGUAACCGGACCAUGGUGCACAACCAAACGCCUUUCUUGAAGCUGCGUCCGCCGACCGAGCUACUGGCUGCGCCGUUUAUGACUAUGGAGAAUGCCGUCAGAACCAGUAUUUCGGGCAGCGAGUGUACGAUGACGGAGGAUCUUGUGGAAAAGGCGAGCCAGUUCACCCUGACCUCUGAAAAGGAGCGGGCACGUUCUAUGGAAAAGGCUUUGAUCCAUAAAGUGAUGAUCCAUCCGUUGGGGUCAUCGCCGUUGGUAGUUGGUGGAAACCCCGUGCCCAUGACGCUCAGCUUUGUGGUGCAUUUCUUCCAGAUGUGUUGUGGGGUGAUCAUGAUUGCACUCACAGCCCACGGGGUUAAUGCCGAUACAGGAAUCGCCCAGGGGAUCUGGAUUUACCUCAUCUUCCAGAGUUGUUUGCUAGUGUUUGUUUCCAUGAUGUUCAUGGUGAAUUUGAUGUCGUACGAUCAUAACAACGGGAUUUUCUACUGUUUGGUUGCAAGUAUCCUCUCCGUUGUGGGCUUUGGCUUGUCUGUAGGGGCCAUGAUGCCUGCAUCUGCUACUUGUCUGACCGGUAAUGCCAAUUUGUGCACACUACGCCGCGCGGUCACCGGGUUCGCGAUCAUUAUGAUGCUCGUUUGGUUGGUUAAUUUGGUGUCGUUUAUCACCAUUUUCUACAUCUCGCGGUUGAACUUGAUAAACGAGUUGAACUUUGACGCCGCCCCCCCUGGUGAGUUUAACAAUGGGGACGUAGACCCAGGUCGGGCCAGUGUUUUUCGUGACUUUGACGAUAUCAACGAGGAUGCAGUUUUGGACAAAGGGCUUCUUCUCCAUGACACCGGCUCGAUUCGUGAGGUGAGCAAGAACGAGCUUGUGGGACGAAAGAAGAUCAUCUUGUACACAUAAGCGAUACGAUAAACUCAGGUUGUUUUACCGAUAGAGAUUCAGCCGUAAUGAAAAGAAAAAACAGAUAUUAUCUUGGUUAACGACCAUAUGCCAAUGGUCAACUCAGGAUAGUGUUCAUGGGUAGACAGCAAGGUUGUAAUAUAUGAGCAAAGUACUCAUAACGGAAGAAUUCUAACAAAGUGCUCAUAUUAAUAAUAUUUGGCCACAUCAUUUUAUCGAUUAGGAUGGACUUGUUCGUGCAUAUACAAGCUAUAUCGU